AUGUCGAGUGAGAGUGAGUUUGAUAACGAGGGCUCAGGCUCAGACUUUGCCCCGAAGCCAAAGGCAAAGGCUGCCCCGAAGAAAGCAGCGGCUACUUCCAAAGCAAAGGCUGGCACCAAGAAGCUGACUCAAACUACUCUCAAACCCAAGGUUUCAUCCAAAGCUGCAAUGUCUAGAAAGCCCGCCCGACCUGACUGUGAAGAUGAGCUGGACUCCACAAUCGAGGAAGAGGCCGAUAAUUUGGAAUCUCUUGGAAGCACUCCCCCGAACGCCUCCAGAAAGACCAAACCUGUGCCGAAAAAGACUGCUUCUAAACCCCUCGCCAAUGUAGAGAAUGAGUCCUUCAUCACUGAGACUGCGGAGGGGGGUGGAUCAUCGGAAAAAUACCAAAAGAUCACCCAAUUAGAACACAUCCUCAAGCGCCCAGACACCUACAUAGGCUCCGUUGAACGAACUGAGAAACAGAUGUGGGUUUACAAUUCAACCACAGAGUUGAUGGAGUACAGAGAGGUCUCCUACGUUCCUGGUUUAUAUAAGAUCUUUGAUGAAAUCCUGGUCAACGCUGCCGAUAAUAAGCAGAAUGAUCCAAAUAUGAACGAGAUCAGGGUUACUCUGGAUAAGGAAGGUGGUGAGAUAAGUGUUUGGAACAAUGGUCGCGGUAUUCCGGUGGAGGUUCAUUCGAAAGAAAAAAUCUACAUUCCCGAACUUAUCUUCGGCCAUCUGCUUACCUCUUCAAACUACAACGACCAGCAGGAGAAGGUAACUGGUGGACGAAACGGCUACGGAGCGAAACUCUGUAAUAUUUUCAGUAACGAAUUCACCAUCGAAACUGCUGACUCUCGAACAAAGAAGAAGUUCAAGCUCACCUGGACAAACAACAUGUCCGCCAUGGGCAAACCGAAGAUUACAGAAUGUAAGGGCGACGAUUAUACCAAAGUCACAUUCAAGCCAGACUUUGCAAAAUUCGGCAUGGAAGGCAUGGAUGAUGAUUUUGAGGCGUUAGUUAAACGGCGAGUGUACGACAUGGCCGGUACUUGCGGCACAGCCGUUAAACUAAAUGGCACAAAAAUUCCUGUCAAAUCCUUUAAGAAAUACAUGGAAAUGUACACCAAAGCAAUCAAGACAGAGCGAGGAGAGGACCCGACAUCUGACAAAAACGAUAUCAUCACAGAAAGCCCAGAUCGGCGCUGGGAAAUCGGGUUCACUGUUUCGGAUGGCUCAUUUCAGCAGGUCUCGUUUGUCAAUUCCAUCGCAACGACCUCUGGUGGAACUCAUGUCAACUAUAUCAGCGACCAGAUUUGCAACAAACUUGCCGACGCGUUGAAAAAGAAGAACAAGACCGGAGCAACGCUCAAAGCUGCCCAGAUCAAGAACCACAUUUUCCUUUUCGUAAAUUGCCAGAUUGUCAAUCCUGCGUUUACAUCUCAAACCAAGGAACAGUUGACUACCAGGUCCAGCCAGUUUGGGAGUAAAUGUAUUGUGUCUGAUGAAUUUUUGAAGAAGGUCAUGAAGACCCGAGUUAUGGAUGAUAUCCUCCACUUUGCUGAAAAGAAGGCCGAUCAAAUUUUGAAAAAGACGGACGGGAACCGUCGCUCCCGUAUGAACAACCCAAAGCUUACAGAUGCAAACAAAGCUGGUACCAAGGAAGGCCACCAUUGUACACUCAUUUUGACUGAAGGUGAUUCUGCAAAGGGUUUGGCUAUGGCUGGCCGAGCUGUUGUAGGCCCUGAUCUUUUCGGAGUCUUUCCACUUCGAGGAAAGCUUCUCAAUGUUCGAGAUGCGUCCGUUGACCAAAUCUCUAAGAAUGCUGAGAUUCAGAACAUCAAAAAUUUCAUUGGUUUGCAGCAUAAAAAGGAGUACACGGAUACUCGAGGCCUUCGGUACGGUCACUUGAUGAUUAUGACUGACCAAGAUCAUGAUGGUAGUCACAUCAAGGGUUUACUAAUAAAUUAUCUUCAAGUUGCUUUUCCUACGCUGUUGAAAAUCCCAGGCUUCCUUAUCGAAUUCAUCACUCCUAUCGUCAAAGUUUGGAAAGGGGAUCCCAAAAACCCAACUCAUUCCAAGUCUUUCUUCACUCUUCCAGAAUAUGAAGAAUGGAAGGAAACUCACGCACACGAUAAAAAAUGGCAAAAGAAGUACUACAAAGGUUUGGGUACCAGUUCGACUGAAGACGCCCAGAUUUACUUCCAAGACCUGGAUAAGCAUCUUAAACAGUUUCACACCCUGCAGGAUAAGGAGGCAGAGCUAAUUGAACUUGCAUUUUCAAAGAAGAAAGCGGAUGAACGAAAGGAGUGGCUUCGUCAAUUCAAGCCGGGAACGUAUCUUGACCAUUCAACAGAGCAGAUCACAUAUUCUGAUUUUAUCAACAAAGAGCUGAUUCUUUUCAGCAUGGCUGAUAACAUACGAUCUAUCCCUUCGGUGAUCGAUGGUUUGAAGCCCGGCCAACGAAAAGUCCUAUAUACUAUGUUUAAGCGCAAUGUGAGAAAAGACAUCAAAGUUGUUGAACUUGCUGGUUAUGUCUCUGGUAUGACGGCCUACCAGCAUGGUGAUAACUCCCUUCACACAACUAUCGUCGGCCUUGCUCAAACCUUUGUCGGCUCAAACAACAUCAACUGCUUAGAGCCCAGCGGCAAUUUUGGAAGUCGUCUCCAGGGAGGAUCUGACAGUGCCAGUGCUCGUUAUAUUUACACUCGUCUUUCACCUUUUGCAAGGCGUUUGUUUCACCCAGCUGACGAGCCGUUGCUGGUAAAUAACACCGAUGAUGGUAAAGUGAUUGAACCGGAAACCUACGUGCCCGUUGUCCCACUUAUUCUUAUCAACGGUGCCGAUGGGAUUGGUACUGGUUGGAGUACCUCGAUCCCAAAUUAUAAUCCAGAAGAUGUUGUCGCCAAUCUGAAGCGCUUGAUGGCAGGCGAGGAGCUGGUCCCCAUGAAGCCCUGGUUCCGCGGGUUCAAAGGGGAGGUUACUGGGUCUGGGGAUCGCUAUAAAUUUAGUGGAAUCAUAAAACAAACAGGAGAUAAUGAGGUGGAAAUUACGGAACUUCCUAUUCGUACCUGGACUCAGGACUUCAAGGACAGGCUCGAGGAAAUCAUUAAAGCUGACAAAGUUCCCUCAUUUAUCAAAGAUUACAAGGACUACAACACUCACACCAAUGUUCAUUUCAUUAUUCAGAUGGAUGAAAAGCAUAUGAAAAAGGCCCUUGAGGAAGGCCUUGAGGAGAAGUUCAAGCUCAUUAAACCUAUCGCAACCUCAAAUAUGGUCGCCUUUGAUGCUGAAGGCCGCAUUACUCGCUACGAGACCCCCGAGGAUAUUCUACAAGCGUUUUACGCUGUCCGUAUCAAGCUAUAUGAGCGACGGAAGCAACAUCUACUUUCACAACUUCAAUCCCAGCUUGAUAAGCUAAGUAACCAAGCUCGCUUCGUUCAAAUGAUUAUCGAUGGGAAAUUGGUGAUCUCAAAAAAGAAAAAGACCAUCCUUAUCCAGGAAUUGAAGGACAAAGCAUUUAAACCAUUCCCGAAAGUGGCUGAUACCGCCAAAUCGGACGAAGUCGACGAUGAAGAAGGGGAAGAGGAUGAGGAAGAAGAGGGAAAUUCGGACGCCGUCCUCUCUUCUGAUGCGUAUGACUAUUUGUUGAGUAUGCCUUUGUGGUCUCUUACUCAAGAACGCGUAGAGAAACUGCGGCGCCAGAUCGGAGAUAAGGAAAUGGAAGUUGAUGCAUUGAUUAAACUGUCAAAGGAGGACAUAUGGAGGAAGGAUCUUGACGAUUUUAUUGCCGAAUGGAGAUUCCAACUUGAGGAUGAAGAAAACCGCCGCAAGAAAAUUGCUGGGCGCGGUAGACGGUUGUCGGCAAAGGUCAAAACUGGCAGUCGAGUGACCGUGGCCAAAAAACGCAAGGCGAAUUCAGGUGAUGACAGUGAUUUUGACGCCCCCAAGGGGAAGAAGGCAACUGUCAAUCGUGUCCAACCCAAGGGUGGGCUUCUUGACUACCUCGGUAAACCGAAGCCCAAGGCAAAGAUCAAAUCCAAUGUUGAUGGGGCGGAUGAUUCUGAUGAAUUUGAGGUUGAAGUUAUGCCAAAACCAAAAUCUCGAGGCACUACUAAGGCAGCUAAACCUGUGUCUGUAGUCAAUGAUCUGAGCGAUGCGGACUUUAUGGAUAUUGAUUCUAUGGGGAAGGAGAAGUCUAAGCCAAAGGCAACCUCGUCUACAGAAAAACCAACGGUUGUCAACGAUGAUUCGGAUAUCGAGAUGGUUUCCAAGCCCACCACACAGCGAAGCGCUCGAGUCAAACAACAGCCAAAGAAAUAUCAUGGUUUCAGCACCUCGGAGGACGAGGAGACUGAUGAUUUUGAUGUCAGUGCUAUGGUUAAAGGGAUAGAUAAGACAAAGGCAAAACCCGCCUCUGAUAGCCGGACCCUCUUUUCCGAACCUUCUCGUCCGGCUGGCGAAAGUACAAAACUCGCUACCAAACCAGCCAAGGAUACCCAUGAGUUCGAUGCAGAUGAAACCAACUAUUCGAAGCUUAUCCCCCAGAACUCACCAAGACGGUCCCUGCUCGUGAAGCCGAAAGAGAACAAGGUGUUCUCUGACGUGGAAGAUAAUAUCGAAGAGGAUCCCAAACCCGCUUCUAAGCUGCCAAACAAGGCUAAGCCUACAGCCUCUAAAUCAUCCGCGAAGCCUGCUGCAAAGGCUUCAACGGCUUCUGCCCGAGGGCGACCAAAGAAGCCAACUGCCGCAGCGCCUAUAGCAGAUAGGAAAACACUACAGCUGUCGCCUGCGGCGAAGGCGUACGCUUCUAAAAAAGCCAAAACCAAAAAGCUAGUGGAUGAUAUGUCUGACGACGACAUAGAUGCCAUGGCCAAUGAUAUACUCGACUCAGAGCCUGAGAAAGCUGCAAAUCCAUCCUCUACUAGGGCACGGCCUUCACGUCGUGCAGCUACAACCGCGAAAAAGCCAGUAUAUACCGUCGAUGAUGAUGACAGUAGUGAAGAAAUUGGGGACGCAGCAGUUUCUAGUGGCGAUUUUUCGGACUAA